UCCCUCCUUCCGCCUCAGCCCUUCGCGCUGGGACGCUGGGGAGGGGGCUGUGCGGGGCGAGAGAACUCAGCGCGGUUCCGAGAAUGAUAAAUAAAGCUGACCAUCCCUGGACAGAAUAUUAAUCCUCCUCAUGUAAAGUAUGCUCAGUUCCUUUCCAGUGGUUUUGCUGGAAACCAUGUCUCACUAUACAGAUGAGCCCAGAUUUACCAUAGAACAGAUAGAUCUGCUUCAGCGCCUCCGGCGUACUGGAAUGACUAAACAUGAAGUUCUCCAUGCAUUGGAAACAUUGGACCGUCUUGACCAAGAGCAUAGUGACAAGUUUGGAAGAAGGUCCAGCUAUGGAGGAAGUUCAUAUGGGAACAACACCAACAAUGUUCCAGCCUCUUCCUCUACAGCUACGGCUUCCACACAGACCCAGCAUUCGGGAAUGUCCCCCUCGCCUAGCAACAGUUAUGACACUUCCCCACAGCCCUGCACUACCAAUCAAAACGGGAGGGAGAACAGUGAGCGAUUGUCCAUAUCGAAUGGGAAGAUGUCUCCAACUCGCUACCAUGCAAAUAGCAUGGGUCAGAGGUCAUACAGUUUUGAAGCCUCAGAAGAGGACCUAGAUGUAGACGAUAAAGUAGAGGAACUGAUGAGGAGGGACAGCAGUGUGAUUAAAGAGGAAAUCAAAGCCUUUCUUGCCAAUCGGAGGAUUUCCCAAGCAGUUGUUGCACAGGUAACAGGUAUCAGUCAGAGCCGGAUCUCUCAUUGGCUGUUGCAGCAGGGGUCAGACCUUAGUGAACAGAAGAAAAGAGCCUUUUACCGAUGGUACCAGCUUGAGAAGACAAAUCCUGGGGCUACAUUAAGUAUGAGACCUGCCCCGAUUUCAAUAGAGGACCUUGAAUGGAGACAAACACCUCCCCCUGUCUCUGCCACAUCUGGGACCUUCCGUCUCCGACGAGGGAGUCGAUUUACCUGGAGAAAGGAGUGUCUGGCUGUCAUGGAAAGUUAUUUCAAUGAGAAUCAAUACCCAGACGAAGCAAAGAGAGAAGAAAUUGCAAAUGCUUGCAACGCAGUUAUACAGAAGCCAGGCAAAAAACUGUCUGACCUGGAACGGGUCACCUCCCUGAAAGUAUAUAACUGGUUUGCUAACAGACGGAAGGAGAUCAAGAGGAGAGCCAAUAUCGAAGCAGCAAUCCUGGAGAGUCAUGGGAUAGACGUACAGAGUCCUGGAGGCCAUUCCAACAGCGAUGACGUUGAUGGCAACGACUACUCAGAGCAGGAUACUUGGCAAGUACGCAAUGGGGAGGAGGAGGAGGGAAGAAGUUCAGAGGGAGGCAGAGAAGCAGAGAAGGACGACAGCACGAGCCAUAGUGACCACCAAGACCCCAUCUCAUUAGCUGUGGAGAUGGCAGCCGUCAACCAUACUAUCUUGGCACUGGCCCGCCAAGGAGCCAGCGAAAUCAAGACAGAGGCCCUGGAUGAUGACUGAUCAGGGAGGGUUAAACGUGACAAGUUAACUUAGUUUAGACGUAGCACCUUAGCAGACUUUCCUCGGUCCUUAACAUGUGUUCUUACAGUAUAACUUGCAGUUUCUUGUAUGUCAGGUAGCCGUUAGGGUCUUGUUCUGUGAAGAUGGCAUGGUGCCCUCAGCCUUUGCAUAUACUCUCUCAGUAUUAAAAUCCCAGUAAUAAUAACCAACCAACCAACCAGAUGCCCCUCUCCCAGCCCCGAGGCUAGAAAAUCUUGCUGCUCCGUCUUAGCAUUCUAAGAAAGUGCUUCCAGGUGUUUAGAUAACCCUCAGUCCUCAAAUAUUAGGCUGUGUGUAAAAUCUCGGGUACCUUUAGAUUCCUGUCACACUGGUCUGUACCCCCUGUUUCUGCCCCAAGACUGACCGGAUGCAAGCUGAGGUAGUGGCACAGGAUAGACAGACGCCAUUUGGGGAGCACUCGCAGAGUGAUGGAGCACCAGAACCCCUCAGCAUGGAGUCGCUGAUUCAGCUGCAAUAAGCCGUGCCUCAUAGCCACACCGUGGCUAGACUAUACUUCUUUGGGUGCUGUGUUAAGAAUGUCAGUGGAUACUCUAGCUCAGAUCUCGGUGGUUGUUAACAUGACUGACCCAGACGUUCUUUCCUCUCACAAGCUGUGUGACUUGGUAGAUAACAAUACUGCCUUCUGCCUUUGGGACCAUGAUUCAAAACAAAAUGAAGAGAUUAAGUUAUAAAAAAGUAAAAAACAAAAAAAACUAACAAAACCCAGCUUGAGAGCAUUGGAAAAAAACAAAAAGUGUGAGCUGAACAUGUAAUGGAUGCUAAUACCAGUUCUUAGAAACGCCGUACAUUCCAUGGCACAGUUAGCAGUGCCUGCCGGGAAAAAGUCCUGGACGGUAUCACGGAAGUCGCUCCACCUACUGUCUGUACCCCCUUUCCCUGCUACCAAAAAAAGUCUUUCGAGGAUGAAGCUAAGGUCAAAAGUAAGCGGAAGAAUAGUCCUUGCACCCAGAGCUGACAGAGACUGUGUAGGGGUUCCUGCUGACUGACGAUCGCAGAUACAAAUGCUCACCAGAUUAGGAGCACAAAAGAGCAGGGGACAUUGACCACGUAUCUUGCGGGUGUGCGGGACACACGGGAUGUGAUUGCGUGUUGGUCUCUUUCUCUGUCCUUGGAGAGGUGUGAAAAGCUAUAUUGCUAUAGGCAAUUUAUUCAACAAUUGGAAGCCAUAUUGAUAAUGGAUGUGGUAAUAUUUGUAACGUUUAAUCUACUUUAAGUGGCAGUAACUAAUGGAAUUUUUUUUCCUUGAUCGCAUAUGUAGCACUUUUGUUACUUUUUAAAGAUAUUUAUAUUUGAUAAAUCUUUUUUUCAUUUUGAGAACUCAAAAUACCAAACAGUGAACUUGCGUUAUAAAGCCACCCUGUGAUCACCUUGUCAUCUCGUAGCAAAAUGAUGAACUACUCAUGCAUCAAAGAAAAUUACAUCUGCUGGCCUUGUAUGAAAAUGAUCUCCUGGCGACCUGAUUAAAUGACACACUGUCACUGUGGGUAAGAGGAAACAGCCUUCAGGGUAGCGGCGUAGCGUGCGUCCGAAAGAGGCGCCACAGCUAUGCAUUUCCUGCCUCAUCCAUCUCUCCUCCGUCCAUCUGAUGAGGCCUUGUUUCAAGGGGAGCGUGGGGAGACCGUUGAGCAGGGCUUCUGUCCUUCUGUCCAUUACCUGAAACCAUUUGUGCAAUGGAGAGAACUUGCCACUUCCUCUCCUUGUUUCCUCUCCUCCCUCACCAACUAUAUUUAAGUUUAAAACUAUUUGGGGCUGGGGGUGGGGAGGCUGCUGACCCGCCUCAUUUUUUUCCUUUGUUGUUCGUAGACUAGUAGCUUCACAUUUUUAGUUGGUCUCACUGCUCUUACGGCACACGGUGACUUGAUUACCCCCUUAGCUCUGAAUCCUGCUUACGUCAGUGUGGGCAGAGGGUGCCGCCUGCCCUGCACCCGUGACUGUGGACAGAUGCAGGCAGGGUCUGGACUCGCUCCUGUUGGUGGAUUUGAGAAGGGGGAAUUGUCUUCAUUUUUCCCAGCUUCCAAGAGUUAAGUGAAAUGGAGCAAUCUUUUUCUGUAUUACUUGAGUCAAUAGAUUCAAGAGUAGCAUUUGUUAAUCUCAGGAAUGACAACGCUCCCCUCCUUCUCCCCCUACCCAUACCCCCUCACAUAUUCUUUCUUGGCUUUACUUUGUAUUUCAAUUAGGAACUUGAG